GAUUUUCUCCCGCCUGCCCGGUCCUCCGGGCGGACAGUGUCUCACCGCGGCCCCUCCCGGAUUCCGGAGGAUGGGUGGGAGUGGCGGGGGCGGGAUGGAUCAGUCAGCAGCCGCGGCCCUUUCGACAUGCCUAAACCCCGCCUUGACAUCACCCGCUCGCCUCUUAUCUAGAGUACCGAUUCCUUUGUCCAAGUCUUCAUUCAACGGCAUCACGGCCAUAUCGCUCUGACACCGAGAAUUCGUUUAAGGGGACAUGGAAAAAACCACACAGAGAAAAACCUCCAGAAUCAGAAACCGAAGCAGAGACAGGCAACCAUGUCCGGCAUUGGGGGCGAUCUCCCCAACAUCAGGUCCGAGGCCUUGAGCAACCUCAAGGCACUGACCUUUGACGUCUUCGGCACGGUCGUCGACUGGCGCACCUCAGUUGUCGAGGAGCUCGCCUCUCGCGCGCGGGCGAAGCUCUCCUCGACCCAGUCCCCGCCCCCGGCGCUCGCGGCUGAGGAGAGGGACGGGCUCGCGGUGGCGGACUGGGGCCGGUUCGCGCAGGAGUGGCGGGACUCGUACAAGCGCUUUACGCUGGGCUACGUGGCCGGUGAGACGCCGUGGAAGGACGUCGACGCACACCACCGCGAGAGCCUCGCGGCGCUGCUGCGAGCGUGGGGGCUGGGCGGAGUGUACGGGGACGAGGAGGUACAGGAGAUGAGCCUGGUGUGGCACCGGCUGCGGCCAUGGGCGGACUCGGCCCCGGGUCUGCGGCGGCUGGGGGCCAAGUUUGUGACCUCGACGCUGUCGAACGGGAACCGGGCGCUCCUCCGGGACCUGGACUCCUCGGGAGGCCUCGGGUUCGGGAGGUUGCUGUCGAGCGAGGACUGGGAGGCGUACAAGCCGAGCCCGAAGGUGUACGACGGCGCGGUGGCGGCGCUGCUAGGGGAGGGGGGCAGGGCGAGAGAGGUGGCGAUGGUGGCGGCGCACCUGGGUGACUUGAUGGCGGCGAAGGGGAGGGGAAUGAGGACCGUGUACGUCGAGAGGCCUGGGGAGGAGGACUGGGAGAGGGGAGGGGAGGCGUUUGAAGAUGCCCGGGGAUGGGUUGACAUUUGGAUCGGGGAGGGGGAGGGCGGGUUCGAGGAGCUCGCUAGGCAGUUGGGCGCUUGA